AUGAACGAGCCCGUAGAGAGCGGUGUGGUCUCAUUUGACGAGUACGUGCGUCAGAAGGCCCGCAGCGUGCCCCAGCACCGUAUGAAGGAGUUCCUUGAGUCCCUGGCCAACAAGGGCCCCGAGACGCUGCAGGACUUCAGACAGCAGGGCGACGCCGCCACUACCACCACCAUGGUUUACCAGCAGGGGGGCAACUGUGUCUACACAGACAGCACAGAGGUGGCUGGCUCGCUGCUGGAGCUGGCCUGUCCGGUAAGAGGAGAGACCUCCUUACGUGGUUCCUUCAGUAGUUAAUUUUUUUUGAAUACUCCUCAGGCUGCCGAGUGCCCUUUGCCCUUAUCUAGUCUAUAUACUAUGAAUAACAGAUCAAUUGACCAAAUUGAGAGUAAAGUCCAACUCAUACUUAAACACUGGCAGCACCUAUCUCAUUGUCACUUUUGAUCUGUAUUUGAUUGAUUCUCCUGUGGAUAAACAGGUGCAGGUGACCUCUGCACAGAUCUCACCCCAGAUGGCUGCUGGUGUGCACCAGGGGUCUGAGCAGCUAAUACAAGUACAGGUGAGACCUUCCCUCACUCACCCUACCUAUUACACCAUAAGCAAUGUUUCCACUAAAUUAUUUUCCAGACUGGACCCAAAGGCCUCCUUAUCGACAUCCAGGGCCUGUAACCUAAAUGUUCAAAUUAAAAUACAGUUGUCAGGGAAACACCGACCCUCACCACACUCAGACAUGUGGCAUGUGAUGGAUGGUGGUGCACUGUGCAUUCUCAUUCCCUAUGUGGUCAGGUGCAGAUCCAGGGGCAGCAGGACCAGACGGUAGACCUCCAGGGCAUCCCCACAGCAGCACAGCUGGUCCAGCAAGGAGAGCUCACAGAGGAGCAGCACCAACAGGUACACACACGACUGCAUUAUUACACACACACACACCCCAUCCAUGUACUCUCCUCACCCAGUAAAUGUAUAGGUAUUGUAUACACCAGGCUUAGGUAUUUGUUCUGUCUCGUUCAGAUCCAGGCCCAGUUGGUGGCAGCAGUGUCAGGAGGUCAACAAAUCCAGCAUAUUCAACUACAAGGGGGUCAGCAAAUUCAGCUCCAAGGAGGUCAACAAAUCCAGCUUCAAGGGGACCUACAGGGUGGUCAACACAUCCAACUUCAAGGCGGUCAACACAUCCAACUACAAGGCGGUCAACACAUCCAACUACCAGGCGGUCAACACAUCCAACUACCAGGCGGUCAACACAUCCAACUACCAGGCGGGCAACAAAUCCAACUACCAGGCGGGCAACAAAUCCAACUACCAGGCGGGCAACAAAUCCAACUACAAGGCGGGCAACAAAUCCAACUACAAGGCGGGCAACAAAUCCAACUACAAGGCGGGCAACAAAUCCAGCACAUUCAGCUACCAGGCGGUCAACAAAUUCAACUACAGGGAGGCCAGCAGAUCCAGAUCCAGACGGUGGAGGCCAUGUCUCCUCAGCAGCAGCAGGGCUCUCCCCGAGAGGCAGAGAGGAGAGCUGGCGUCCUCCAACCCGCCAAGAAGCGCAAGGUUGACGUCCCCAUCCAGGUGUCCUAUGCCCUCCCUCAGAGCCAGCAGGGCCAGCAGGUGGUUCUGGCCCUCCCCCAAGGGCAGGGGCAGCAGCAGCAGUACCUGUCCAUCCGGCCAGACCUGCUCACUGUGGACAGCACCCACCUUUACAGCACUACGGGUACCAUCACAGGCCCUGCUGGGGAGACCUGGACCAUCCCUGUAUACUCUGGGGGGCAGCAGGGGGGCGUACAUCAUAUCGCCAUUCCCCAGGAGGCCUACAGCACGAUGCAGGUGUCCUCCUCCGGUCACCAUGACAACAAGGACAAUGGAGUGGCCCACUCCUCGUCGUCGGGUGCCUUGUCGGGUGGCACGGUGUCUGUGUCCGGGACAACGAACGAGGAAGUGGUGCAGACGCUGUUCCCGGCACAGUUCAUGAACGGGAACAUUCACUGCCCUGUGGUGGUGCAGACGGUGGGCGGGGCUUACAAUAGCACGCAGCAGCUUCACAUCUGGGAUCCCCAGCAGCAGCAGGAACACCAGGAGCACCAGCUCCACCUACAGGUCAGAACAGGACCUACACCCCUUGGGUUAGACCUUGACUUUGUCCUUACCUCAGAUUUCAAGGUUUUCCACAACAGUAAUGUAGGUUUUUGUUUUAUGACUAUUAUGUUGGAUUGAUGAACAAUGAACAUGUUGGACUGUUAGAUUAUGUUGUAGAUUAAGUCCGUGGUCUCUCCCAGUUAAGCAGGAUAUGAUUGGUUCAAUUAAUGGACACCUAUUCACUGUCUCCAGUUUUAUGUCCUCAGUGCUGUCUUUUUUCCCUUGAAGGUAUUUUAGGAAAUAUGUAAUUCCCUGCACCACAAAUGAGCAAAGCAUGUAGUGUGCAUGUUUCUCUUCUAACAUUUCACUUCUAUUGUGUCCCCCUGCAGGGUAAUAUCGAGUCAGAGUCCCAGGUUGAGGCCCCCCAUGAGCUGCUGCUGCCCAUCUCCCUGAAGCCUGAGGAGGGCCUGGAUGUGUGGCGCCUCUGGGUCCAGCGCAAGAACGCAGAGCUGGACAAGGAUGAGCAGAACACGCUGGCGCCCAUCGGACGUGAGUUUAAACACACUCCCACUCACUCAUUAAAUUGCCCUCUCCAAGUAUGUGAACUUCUCUUUCACUCUCUCCUCCCUUCCUGUCUCUCUCUUUCUCCUGCAUCUCUCUGUCUUUCUCUUGUGGGUUUGAUUCUUAAUUCGGAACAUAUGUCACUGUGAAUGUUCUAGUCAGUGUUUGGAUAAAAGUGUCCAUCAUUAAUUUCUCUCUUUGUGCAGGUCGGCAGGCCCUACGCUUCCAGGAGGACCUGGUGUCGAGUGCGGUGGCUGAGCUCAACGUGGCUCUGGCCCUCAUGACCCAGGAGGCCCAGGGGCUGGAGGGAGAAAGGUUUGAGCCUGACGCCCUCUACUACAUAUUUCUGUGUAUACAGAAGGUAUGCAUACCACAUGACACUAACACAUACACACUGUCACUGACAUAUCAUCAUACUACAAACACACACGGUACAAGAUACUGACUGAAAUGUAUCACAGUUGACAGAGGUUGUUUUUCUAUUUCUGCUGACAGUACCUCUUUGAAAACGGACGGGUGGAUGAUAUCUUCUCUGACCAGUACUACACACGCUUCUCCCAGUGGUUACACAAAGCCCUGGAUGAGUGGAGGCCCAGCAUCCAUCCACUAGGUAAGAGCCACAGCGUUUGUGUCUUUGUGUUUCUGUGUGUAAGUGCAAGAGAUGGUAUAGGUAAAAGCCUGCUGAAGGCCUUCGGGUGGAACUGUCAAAGCACAUUGGAACAUUGAUUGUUGUGUGCACAGUCAGAUAACUUUUUGUUAAGUGCAAUAGAAACUCACAAUUCUGUUGUGUAUUUUUGUGACUUUCAUACCUGAGUACAUUUCUGUACUUUGGGCUGCUCGUUGUCUUGUGAGAGGAGAGCGUAUUGUGAUUGGCUGCUCUCUCCUCCCAGGGUACAUAAUUCCCAGUCAUGUGACAGAGGAGAUGCUGUGGGAGUGUAAACAACUAGGAGCUCAUUCACCAGCCACGCUGCUUACCACACUCAUGUUCUUCAACACUAAGUGAGUCUCACACACACAAACACACUUACAUUUUAGUAAUUUAGCAGAAGCUCUUAUCCAGAGCGAUUUACUGUAGCUCAGUUGGUUGAGCAUGGCGCUUGUAACACCAGGGUUGUGGGUUCGUUUCCCACGGGGGGCCAGUAUGAAAAUGUAUGCACUCACUAACUGUAAGUCGCUCUGGAUAAGAGUGUCUGCUAAAUGACUAAAAUGUAAAAAAAAAUCUUAAGAUAACUAGGUGGGACAACUACAUACAGUGCAUUUGGAAAGUAUUCAGACGCAUUGACUUUUUCCACAUUUUGUUACACUACAGCCUUAUUCUAAAAUUGAUUAAAUACGUUUUUUCCUCAUUAGUCUACACACAAUACCCCAUAAUGACAAAGCAAAAACAGGUUUUUAGAAAUGUUAGCACAUUUAUUAAAAAUAAAAAACAGAUACCUUAUUUACAAAAGUAUUCAGACCCUUUGCUAUGAGACUCGAAAUUGAGCUCAGGUGCAUCCUGUUUCCAUUGAUCAUCCUUGAGAUGUUUCUACAACUUCAUUGGAGUCCACCUGUGGUCAAUUCAAUUAAUUGGACAUGAUUUGGAAAGGCACACACCUGUCUAUAUAAGGUCCCACAGUUGACAGUGCAUGUCAGAGCAAAACCCAAGCCAUGAGGUCGAAGGAAUUCUCAGUAGAGCUCCGAGACAGGAUUGUGUCGAGGCACAGAUCUGGGGAAUGGUACCAAAAAAUGUCUGCAGCAUUGAACGUUCCCAAGAACACAGUGGCCUCCAUCAUUCUUAAAUGGAAGAAGUUUGGAACCACCAAGACUCUACCUAGACGUGGCUGCCCGGCCAAACUGAGCAAUCGGGGGAGAAGGGCCUUGGUCAGGGAGGUGACCAAGAACCCAAUAGUCACUCUGACAGAGUUCCUCUGUGGAGAUGGGAGAACCUUCCAGAAGGACAACCAUCUCUGCAGCACUCCACCAAUCAGGCCUUUGUGGUAGCUUAGCCAGAUGGAAGCCACUCCUCAGUAAAAGGAGUGCUUCUACAUCUGCAUUGCUUGCUGUUGGGGUUUUAGGCUGGGUUUUCUGUAUAGCACUUUGUGACAUCUGCUGAUGUAAAAAGGGCUUUAUAAAUUGACAUGACAACCCGCUUGGAGUUGGCCAAAAGGCACCUAAAGACUCUCAGACCAUGAGAAACAAGAUUCUCUGGUCUGAUGAAACCAAGAUUGAACUCUUCCCUACAGUGAAGCAUGGUGGUGGCAGCAUCAUGCAGUAGGGAUGUUUUUCAGGGACUGGGAGAAUAGUCAGGAUCGAGGGAAAGAUUAACGGAGCAAAGUACAGAGAGAUCCGAUGGUUCACCAUGUCAAAGGCACCGGAUAGAUCUAGGAGGAUGAGAACAGAGGAGAGGGAGGGAGCUUUGGCAGUGCGGAAAGCCUCUGUGACACAGAAGAGCAGUCUCGGUUGAGAGACCCGUCUUGAAGCCUGACUGGUUAGGGUCAAUAAGAUAGUUCUGAGAGAGAUAGCGAGAGAGUUUGUCAGAGACAGCACGCUCAAGUGUUUUGGAAAGAAAAGAAAGAAGGGAUAGCGGUCUGUAGUUUGACGUCAGAGGAGUCGAGUGUUGGUUUCUUGGGGAGGGGAGCAACGGGUAAUUUUAAAGUCAGAGGUGACACAGCCAGUGGUCAGGGAUGAGGGAAUUGAGAUGGUCUCCAGAGAUGGUAGGGGGGGAGUCUAACAGGCAGGUUUUCGGCGGCAUGACCUCACUAGUCACUGGAUUUCAUCUGGAGAGAGACUGGGAAAAGGGGUCAAGGUGGAGUUCUGUGUUAGUGGAAACAGUGGACUCAAUAGGCUGAGUGAAUGAGGAGCGGAUGUUGUCAACCUUUUCAAAAUAGUUGACAAAGUCGUCCACAGAGGGGGAGGUGGAAAAGAGUUUCCUUGUUUUAGAGGCAGAAUCUUGAAAUGUAGAGUGAUAGAAACUGGCAGCGGAUACAGAGGAAGAGGGAGUGAAAGGAUAUUAGCUUCUCCGGAAGUUUCAUUUUCUUCCAUUUUCGCUCAGCUGCCCACAGCCCUGUUCUGUAAGCUCGCAAUGAGUCACUCAGCCAUGGAGCAGGAGGGGAGAGCCGGCCAGGAGGAAAGGGGACCGUGCGAGUCAUAGGAUGCGGAACGGGAGGAGAGUAGGGUCAAAGAGGCAGAAUCAGGAGGGAGAAGGAUUUGGCAGAAGGGAGAGAUGAUAGGAUAGAAGAGGAGAGAGUAGUGGGAUAGAGAAUGAAGAUUGCGCUAGUGCAUGACCAUCUGGGUAGGGGCUGAGUGGCUAGGGUUGGAAGAGAGGGAGAUGGAAGGUUGCAGUGAGAUUAGUAGUCGAACAGCCUCUAGUCAAGAUGAGGUCAAGCGUAUUGCCUGCCUUUUGAGUGGGAGGGGACUGGGAAAGGGUGAGGUCAAGAGGCAAGGAGGGGAAAGAGAGUUGGAAACAAAAAAAUCAAGGCAGAUGUCGGGAGGUUGAAGUCGCCAAGUAUGAACGGCGGUGAGCCAUCGUCAGGAAAUUAACUUAUCAAGGUGUCAAGCUCUUUGAGGAACUCUAAGGGCACCUGGUGGGCAAUAGAUGACAAGAAUGUUACGCUUGAGUGGACAAAUGACCGCAAGGAAUUCAAAUGAGGAGAUGGACAGGUGUGUGAGGAAGAAAAUAGAAGUGAGAGUGUGGAGCCUUCCUCUCUUUCCUUCCUCAAAUAACUCUGCAGAACAGUCUUUGUUUUGGCAACGGUCUUAGUUUUGCGACGAGAUCACCGCUGAGAAAACAGGGGAGACUGAAGUACUAAUUGCUAAUUGCCUUGCAAAGGUGAAGAGCACACCUCCCGGUACUAAUUUCUGAUUGCCUAGAAGAGGAGAAACCACUCCCCCUCCAAUACAGCCACUGAUUACGAAAACGACAACAGUCACAAAUUGCCCUGCCCCUUAAUCCAUGUUGAUGUCAAAAAUAAUCUGCAAGUUAUGAGCAGUCAACAGUUCACACACCAAGUAGGCUACUGGGAAGACAGGCAGCACUUAAAAAUCCCUAGCUAGCAAAAAGACAGUACUAGACAACAACUGAUUUAAGACUAAGAUUAUACUUAUCACUCCAGGAGAUGUAUCCAAGAGAUAUCAAGAAUCCUCUAGCUAUAGAAUAAAGCACAGACACAAAAUCAUCUGGACACAUGAUUAUGAUACCAAUAUUCCUGGUUGCUCACAACACCAACAUGCUCACUAACUUUUUCUCUCUAAUGCUGUUAUUCAAUUGUUCUUUCUUAGCCACAAUGUAAUUAUAUAGGUUAGUGGCUGUUGUUUUUAUUUCUGCAGGUUAGCUGAGGUGAUGUGUGUGUGGAUGCUAGGUCAGUGUGUGUGAGAGAGAGGGUUGGACGGUAUCCAGAUUUUCAUACCGUUCCUGUACCAUACCGGGAUUAUAUGGUAUUACUGUCGGUGUACACAAGGGGCGCUAUUUCUUUCCAAACAUUGGGGGCCCAACAAAUGCUAAUAAUUAUUAGCGAAAUUCCAUAGCGGAUGCUAGCUAAAUGCUAACAAGUGCAAGGGAACAUAAACUAAUUGCAAGGACAGACAACCCAGCUCAUAUACAAUAAUAUACAACUAUCUCAAAAGGCUGCUAACAGUUUGCUGCAUGCAUGCACAACACAGCAGGGAUCUUGAUCCAUGAUGGAUUGAUUCUCUGCUAGCAUUUUGCUAACUUGCUUGAUCUUGCCAUCUAGCCACAGCUAGCUUCUGUGGAUAGAUGGCAAGAUCAAGCAAGGUAGCAAAAUGCAUAGCUGGAGAUAAUUUAUUUGGCACAUCUUAGAUAGUUAAUUUAUAGUCGUAAGCAGUGGCGUAGCACACACGCCCCCGCGAGAACUUCAGGGGGUCCCCAACCUUUUUUUUUGGGGGGGGGGGGGGGGGGGGGGGGGGGGGGGGGGCGGUAUUGAAAGUCAUACCGUCGGUAUUUGAAAAUACCUUGGUAUAUGGUACAGUUGAAGUCGGAAGUUUACAUACACCUUAGCCAAAUACAGUGGGGGGAAAAAGUAUUUAGUCAGCCACCAAUUGUGCAAGUUCUCCCACUUUUAAAAAGAUGAGAGAGGCCUGUAAUUUUCAUCAUAGGUACACGUCAACUAUGACAGACAAUGAGGAAAAAAAAUCAGAAAAUCACAUUGUAGGAUUUUUAAUGAAUUUAUUAGCAAAUUAUGGUGGAAAAUAACUAUUUGGUCACCUACAAACAAGCAAGAUUUCUGGCUCUCACAGACCUGUAACAUCUUUAAGAGGCUCCUCUGUCCUCCACUCGUUACCUGUAUUAAUGGCACCUGUUUAAACUUGUUAUCAGAAUAAAAGACACCUGUCCACAACCUCAAACAGUCACACUCCAAACUCCACUAUGGCCAAGACCAAAGAGCUGUCAAAGGACACCAGAAACAAAAUUGUAGACCUGCACCAGGCUGGGAAGACUGAAUCUGCAAUAGGUAAGCAGCUUGGUUUGAAGAAAUCAACUGUGGGAGCAAUUAUUAGGAAAUGGAAGACAUACAAGACCACUGAUAAUCUCCCUCGAUCUGGGGCUCCACGCAAGAUCUCACCCCGUGGGGUCAAAAUGAUCACAAGAACGGUGAGCAAAAAUCCCAGAACCACACGGGGGGACCUAGUGAAUGACCUGCAGAGAGCUGGGACCAAAGUAACAAAGCCUACCAUCAGUAACACACUACGCCGCCAGGGAUUCAAAUCCUGCAGUGCCAGACGUGUCCCCCUGCUUAAGCCAGUACAUGUCCAGGCCCGUCUGAAGUUUGCUAGAGUGCAUUUGGAUGAUCCAGAAGAGGAUUGGGAGAAUGUCAGAUGAAACCAAAAUAGAACUUUUUGGUAAAAACUCAACUCGUCGUGUUUGGAGGACAAAGAAUGCUGAGUUGCAUCCAAAGAACACCAUACCUACUGUGAAGCAUGGGGGUGGAAACAUCAUGCUUUGGGGCUGUUUUUCUGCAAAGGGACCAGGACGACUGAUCCGUGUAAAGGAAAGAAUGAAUGGGGCCAUGUAUCGUGAGAUUUUGAGUGAAAACCUCCUUCCAUCAGCAAGGGCAUUGAAGAUGAAACGUGGCUGGGUCUUUCAGCAUGACAAUGAUCCCAAACACACCGCCCGGGCAACGAAGGAGUGGCUUCGUAAGAAGCAUUUCAAGGUCCUGGAGCAGAUCUCAACCCCAUAGAAAAUCUUUGGAGGGAGUUGAAAGUCCGUGUUGCCCAGCCACAGCCCCAAAACAUCACUGCUCUAGAGGAGAUCUGCAUGGAGGAAUGGGCCAAAAUACCAGCAACAGUGUGUGAAAACCUUGUGAAGACUUACAGAAAACGGGUAUAUAACAAAGCAUUGAGAAACUUUUGUUAUUGACCAAAUACUUAUUUUCCACCAUCAUUUGCAAAUAAAUUCAUUAAAAAUCCUACAAUGUGAUUUUCUGGAUUUUAUUUUUGUCAUUUUGUCUGUCAUAGUUGACGUGUACCUAUGAUGAAAAUUACAGGCCUCUCAUCUUUUUAAGUGGGAGAACUUGCACAAUUGGUGGCUGACUAAAUACUUUUUUUCCCCACUGUACAUUUAAACUCAGUUUUUCACAAUUCCUGACAUUUAAUCCUAGUAAAAAUUCCCUGUUUUAGGUUAGUUAGGAUCACCACUUUAUUUUAAGAAUGUGAUAUGUCAGAAUAAUAGCAGAGAGAAUUAUUUCUUUCAGCUUUUAUUUCUUUCAUCACAUUCCCAGUGGGUCAGAAGUUUACAUACACUCAAUUAGUAUUUGGUAGCAUUGCCUUUAAAUUGUUUAACUUAGGUCAAACGUUUCGGGUACUCUUCCACAAGCUUCCCACAAUAAGUUGGGUGAAUUUUGGCCCAUUCCUCCAGAAAGAGCUGGUGUAACUGAGUCAGGUUUGUUCUGCCCACACAUUUCCUAUAGGAUUGAGGUCAGGGCUUUGUGAUGGCCACUCCAAUACCUUGACUUUGUUGUCCUUAAGCCAUUUUGCCACAACUUUGGAAGUAUGCUUGGGUCAUUGUCCAUUUGGAAGACCCAUUUGCGACCAAGCUUUUAACUUCCUGAUUGAUGUCUUGAGAUGUUGCUUCAAAAUAUCCACAUAAUUUUCCUUCCUCAUGAUGCCAUUUAUUUUGUGAAGUGCACCAGUCCCUCCUGCAGCAAAGCACCCCCACAACAUGAUGCUGCCACCCCCGUGCUUCACGGUUGGGAUGGUGUUCUUCGGCUUGCAAGCGUUCCCCUUUUUCCUCCAAACAUAACAAUGGUCAUUAUGGCCAAACAGUUCUAUUUUUGUUUCAUCAGACCAGAGGACAUUUCUCCAAAAAGUACUCCAUGUGCAGUUGCAAACCGUAGUCUGGCUUUUUUAUGGUGGUUUUGGAGCAGUGGCUUCUUGCUUGCUGAGCGGCCUUUCAGGUUAUGUCGAUAUAGGACUCCUUUUACUGUGGAUAUAGAUACUUUUGUACCUGUUUCCUCCAGCAUCUUCACAAGGUCCUUUGCUGUUGUUCUGGGAUUGAUUUGCACUUUUCGCACCAAAGUACGUUCAUCUCUAGGAGACAGAACACGUCUCCUUCCUGAGCGGUAUGACGGCUGCGUGGUCCCAUGGUGUUUAUACUUGCGUACUAUUGUUUGUACAGAUGAACGUGGUACCUUCAGGCGUUUGGAAAUUGCUCCCAAGGAUGAACCAGACUUGUGGAGGUCUACAAUUUUCUUUCAGAGGUCUUGGCUGAUUUCUUUGGAUUUUCCCAUGAUGUCAAGCAAAGAGGUACUGAGUUUGAAGCUAGGCCUUGAAAUACAUCCACAGGUACACCUCCAAUUGACUCAAAUGAUGUCAAUUAGCCUAUCAGAAGCUUCUAAAGCCAUGACAUCAUUUUCUAGAAUUUUCCAAACUGUUUAAAGGCGGAGUCAACUUAGUGUAUGUAAACUUCUGACCCACUGGAAUUUUGAUACAGCGAAUUAUAAGUGAAAUAAUCUGUCUGUAAACAAUUGUUGGAAAAAUUACUUGUGUCAUGCACAAAGUAGAUGUCCUAACCAACUUGCCAAACUAUAGUUUGUUAACAAGAAAUUUGUGGAGUGGUUGAAAAACCGAGUUUUAAUGACUCCAACCUAAGUGUAUGUAAACUUCCGACUUCAACUGUAUAUACGGUAUAUUUCUCAAGCCUAGUGUGUGUUUUGGUAUUAAACAAUCCUAUCUGCGUUAGGUAUUUCCAUUUGACGACGGUAGAGCAGCACAUGAAGGUGGCCUUCUCCAAGGUGCUAAGACACACCAAGAAGAACCCGUCCAACCCCAAGGACAAGAGCACCAGUAUCCGCUAUCUGAAGGGCCAUGGCCCCUUAGGGACACACCAUGCCGGGCAGAAAGGUGAGAUCUUGUUUGACUUCAUGUCAAGAAAAAUUAAGCUUCUUAUAUUGUAGUCAGACCUGAUUUCCAUAUACCCAGUCACUUAGUGACUUGUAUUAGUCAGCUAUGUGUUUCACACAUUUAAAACUUUUCCUUUGGGGCUAAUUCAUUGGGCCUCUCUGAUUCACCGAGUUUGGCAACAUUAUGAAGUCCGUAAGCCCCAUCACUACUGGCUGGUUCUGACCUCAUUGUUACUUGAUUUGCAGUGACUGAUGACAUGUAUGAGGAGCAGGCUGAGGAUCCUGAAAACCCGCUGCGAUGCCCCAUUAAACUGUAUGACUUUUACCUCUUCAAAUGGUGAGUAAUGCCCCCAUUCUCAGUACAUUUCUAGCAGCUAAGAGGAUGUUCUUGCACAGAGUGAUGUUUUCCUUGGUGUUAAAUACACAACGGAGCAUUUUUCUACUGGGAGCCCUUUUAUAUGCAUUUCUAAUUAUCUAAUCAAAUCAACAUGUACUUCUUGAAAGAAAUGUCAGCAUAGAGCCCUGCAACAACUAAUCGCCUGUCUCUCAGUCCCCAGAGCGCUAAGGGGCGUAACGACGCGUACUACCUGACGCCAGAGCCCGUCGUGGCGCCCAACAGUCCCAUAUGGUACUCCACUCAGCCAAUCACAAGUGAGCAGGUGGAGCACAUGCUCACACGCAUCAUCAUGGUGCGAGAGAUCCAGGAGACCAUCGCUAUGUCGUCGGCCAACAUGCACUGA